CAGCGCCACGAUGGUACGGAUUGUACCCUAUGCAGCAAUAACUUACAUGUCAAACGAAUCUUACAAAGAUUACUUCAAAAGAAAAGAUCCAGACGGCAAACUGUCCCACGUAUACCGGUUCUGUUCUGGCAGCAUGGCUGGGUUAACCGCUAGUUUCUCCACCUACGGCCUCGAGGUUUUGAGGGCUAGAAUGGCUGUUAAAAGCGAGUAUGUUAGUAUUUUACAGAGUCUGAAGUAUAUUCUGAAAACGGAAGGAGUCUCGUCUUUGUACAGGGGGCUAGCUCCAACACUGAUAGGGGUCUCUGUGUACGGGGGGACCAGUUUCUACGUGUUCGGAACCUUGAAGAACAUUAACCCUCUAAGUGAGUAUCACAGCGCAGAUCAGGUUGUUUUUCAGAAACACUCGAACAGUUCAUCAGACGGUUUACUCACCGAGCACCGCCUCCUAUACGGAGGGUUUGCAGGGCUGUGUGGUCAGAGUAUUUCCUACCCUCUGGACGUAACACGGCGUCGUAUGCAGACUGGCGGUAUCAAGGGGGAUCAUCUGGAACGUUACAGCACUAUGAGGGGUACACUGUCACACAUUUACCAGAACGAAGGAAUAAAGCGUGGUCUCUACAAAGGACUGAGCCUGAAUUUCUUGAAGGGACCCCUAGCAUCCAGCAUCAGCUUCACCGUCUUCGACUACAUGAACACUGUUAUAUCUGGCUACGAGUCGUAUUAAUGUAACCGCGGUAUCGCCACAGCAACCAUGGUAACCAUGGUAACCGAAGUAACGCCACAGUAACCAUGGUAACGCCACAGUAACCAUGGUAACCACGUUAACGCCACAGUAACCAGGCACUGAUUCUGAUGACUAGAUAAUUUUUCAGUUGAUCCAAUUAGCGGGACGGCUUGAUCGCCAGCUAUUAACCGUUGUAUUCAUGUAUUAAUGUAGUAACCGUGGUUUCGCGUCGCGCCACUGUUAUUAAGCCGCGCAAUGGCUGCACGUGCAAACUGCAAGGGUGGGAGUAACGCCACGUUAUUACUGUGCAAUGGAAAUAAUUAACAGCAGCAUAAUUUACGAUGCUCUAUGAUUUACAGUGCAUAAUUUAAGAUGCGAUAUUACAGGUUUUAGUAAGUUGGAUACGAUGACUAGGUUUUUCUUUUCAAGUAAUGUUUCAUAUUGAAAGCCUUGUGGGGCGCCAAAUUAAGUUGUUUUUAUACGCUAAAGCAGAAAGAAAUUGUUUGAUAUUAACUAAUAGACAUUUUUAUCUGCUUCGUAAACAUCGGGUUACAGAUGGUACUGUUUUUAUAUUAUGCGUUAUUUGAGCAAGAAUAGUCUAGAAAAAAUAAACUUUACAUCAGAAAAUGUUACACUAGUUGGUAUAGUAACCGAUCUAUGUUCAUUAAAAUGUAUAUUGUGUAAUAUCCUAUUGAGGCUCUACUACUAAAUAAUACGAAUUAUGUUGAAGGAAGAAAUUUUAGGAAUGUUCGGAUAUUAAAGAUUGAAAGUUGAAAGUUAGUGGAAACAAAUGUUUGGAUUUUAGUAUGUUGGUGAUUAUUUAUAAUUAUAAGCGAUUUAUUUUUAUUUUUGUAUGCAUUUCCAGUUUCAUCUUUAGACUCGAGCAAAUCCUGUUGCGCUCAGUAGCUAUUUUUACUUAGGUUUAAUACUGUUGCUGCAACAGCCAUAGCUAGAACCAGGUUCAGUUCUCGAUCGCAUCAUAAAAUGGACUUCAACUUUUUCCAGACCCUCGUAGUACCAUUUUAAGAGAUCUGAAAGCCAUUUGAUUGUUA